CAGCCUCGAGCGUCGAGAAGUGUGCCGAACUGUGCGGAUCCAAACGAAAGUUUGUGUUCGAAUAUUGUGAAUCACCGGGAAAAUCUGGAAAAGUGCGCCUGGUCUUGCCCUGCCCUCGUCGCCUAUCGAACCAAGCCCACAAAUUAAACCUGGGCGGAAAAUGUCCCUCUGGUGGUCGUCGUCCUCGCUACCGGUUGCGCUGGCGGUGGUAUUGCUGCUGCUGCUGCCGCUGUUGCAUCCCGGAUGUUCAGGCUCUGCUGUUCCACGAAAAACUCCCGAAAUAACCACCCUGAAGGCCAUGAAAAACUUCACUUCCACCCUCGCCCGGGAUCUCCGUCGGGUGGAAACUGCCCUCAUUCCGCUCCGCGCCAAGGAGACCGAACUGGAGCACCGAUUUGCUCGCUUUGCAGCCCGAACAACACGGCACGGUUGGCGCUCGACACGAGACCAACAAUCGAACGGUAACAAGCUCUUCAAGGACGCGCAAAAAUUCCGCGCCACGGUGGAAAAACUCGACGGCCAUUUCAAGCAGGAUUUUGGCCGACGAUUGAACCGUGUCCAGGCCCGAUCGCUGCUCCGCUUCCGCGAUGAUUCCGUGCAGAAUCAAAUCACCCAAAGUGCGCUGGUUUACAAACGACUCAUCGAGCUGCUGAUAAAUAUGAUCGAGUGUCCGGUGUUCAUCAUGGACCAGCUGGGAGGAGCAGGAAUCUAUGGCGAUGACGUCGAUGAUGGGGAUACGGUACCGCAAGGAAAUGGGGAGGAUGGGAGCGAAUACGGGACGGGGAUAGAAGGCGAUUAUGGGGACCAGGGGGAGGAAUAUUACUACACUGAGGAAGCUGCAUACUAA